GCGGCGGGGGGGUUGAUGCCCGGUGGCGGGGGGAGCCCGGCGCCCUGCAGUCUCCUGGCCGCCUCGGAGCCGCGGGGGGGCGAGGAGGCAGCGGCGGCGGGGCCCGGGUCCGGCGGCCCCGGGGGCUCCUCUUGCGGCGGGGUCGGGGGCCCCGGGCCCGGCGGCGCCGGCAACAGCAGCAGCGGCGGAGGCCCUGGGGGCAGGAUGAGUCUGUCCCCGAAGGAGCUCUCCAGCCUGCUGGGGAUCAUCUCGGAAGAGGCCGGGGGCGGCAGCACCUUCGAGGGCCUGUCCAGCGCCUUCCAUCACUACUUCAGCAAGGCGGACCACUUCCGCCUGGGCUCGGUGCUCGUGAUGCUGCUCCAGCAGCCGGACCUGCUGCCCAGCGCGGCGCAGCGCCUCACCGCCCUCUACCUGCUCUGGGAGAUGUACCGCACCGAGCCCCUCGCCGCCAACCCCUUCGCAGCUAGCUUCGCCCAUCUGCUCAACCCGGCGUCCCCCGGCCGGGGCGGCCAGGAGCCCGACCGGCCGCCGCUCUCAGUAAGGAGCGAGGUCAGGAGUGCGAGCGUCUUGAUUUUGGCUCUUCCCUGGGGGACUGACCCCGUCACUUCACCCCCGCGGGGCCUGCGCUCAGCUUACAAUGGGGGGGGCGGGGCUGUGCUACAUCAGGAGCUCUUAACCUUUUGUGUGUGUCUUGAAUCUUUUGCCAGACUCCUAAUGCUGGCCCCACCAAGAGAACUCUUCAAAAAGACACCUCGACAGAUUGCCUUAAUGGAUGUAGGAAACAUGGCCCAGUCAGUGGACAUCAGUGGGCUUCAGCUAGCAUUGGCUGAACGGCAAUCUGAAUUACCAACACAAAGCAAGGCCAGCUUCCCCAGCAUUCUCAGUGAUCCAGAUCCAGAUUCUUCAAAUUCUGGUUUUGAUAGUUCUGUUGCCUCACAAAUCACAGAAGCUUUAGUCAGUGGACCAAAGCCACCUAUUGAAAGUCACUUUCGACCAGAAUUUAUCCGCCCACCACCUCCACUCCAUAUUUGUGAAGAUGAACUUGCUUGGUUAAACCCAACAGAGCCUGAUCAUGCAAUUCAGUGGGACAAAUCCAUGUGUGUUAAAAAUAGCACUGGUGUUGAGAUCAAACGUAUAAUGGCUAAAGCUUUUAAAAGUCCCUUGUCUUCUCCACAACAAACACAGCUCCUUGGAGAGUUAGAAAAAGAUCCCAAACUCGUUUAUCACAUUGGCCUCUCUCCCGCAAAACUGCCUGACCUUGUGGAAAAUAAUCCUCUAGUUGCUAUAGAAAUGUUAUUGAAAUUAAUGCAGUCAAGCCAGAUAACAGAGUAUUUUUCAGUCCUGGUCAACAUGGAUAUGUCUUUACAUUCAAUGGAAGUUGUAAAUCGACUUACGACAGCUGUUGAUCUACCUCCUGAGUUUAUUCACCUUUAUAUAUCAAAUUGUAUCUCUACCUGUGAGCAGAUCAAGGACAAGUAUAUGCAGAAUCGUUUGGUGCGGCUCGUAUGUGUAUUUCUCCAGUCUUUGAUCCGCAACAAAAUAAUUAAUGUACAGGAUUUAUUCAUAGAAGUGCAAGCCUUCUGUAUUGAAUUCAGUCGAAUACGAGAAGCAGCAGGCCUUUUCCGAUUAUUAAAGACACUGGAUACAGGGGAAAAUCCUUCUGAGACUAAGACUUCAAAAUAAGGCCUCAUCAGUUCAGCAUAUCACUUGUAAUCUGUUUUAAUUUUUAAAACUGUUAGAACCCUGAAUGGAUGGAUGGCUUGGACAUUUUGCCCAUUUGAAGCAAAACUUUGCUUUUGCUUUUUUUGCUGCUGAUUUUCCUUUAAAUCAGUCUUCUGGAUGAAAUAGAAGGUUUUGUCUUUGGCUGCCUUGGUGACAGGGAUCCAUGGAAAGAACUAUCCUGAACUGUGAACACAAGUAGGCACUAGAGAGCAAGCUUCUUGUUUUGGUUUAUAAGAACAGCUGACUACUUGUGAUAAAUCAUGACUCAAGCUUCCCAAAACUCAGGCAAACUUUUAAGGAAUUAUUUAAAUGGGAAUAAAGACUGCAGAAUAAAGAUUACAGAAUUUAUGAACUGAAUUGAUAUCUUGCUUUAGAUCCUAUAUCCUACAAAUGUAGCAGCUUUGAUUUGUGAUUUAUUCAUUCUCAGAAUAACAAAUUGAAGGAAAAUUACAACUUUCCUUAAAAGUUUUCAUUAAGCACACUAUGAACUUGCUGAAGAAAAACUUUUUAUCUUUUACCCUUUAAGCUGCUGGGACUUUUUAACCUGCUUUUGUGACUAUCCAUUCUGACUUUCUAACAUUGGGUACUCUCAAAAAAAUGUUCCUAUUUUCUAGACUGUUUUACCUGGCUCUGUUUUUUUUGCUCACGUUUUAUCUCUAAAAGGCUACUUCCGUUACUUGGUUUGAAAGAGGUGACAUCAAAAGGAUGAACACCAUCUAAGGAAAAGUAAGAGUUCCUAAAUGUGGUUGGUAUCAUCAUUCUACCAGGGUUAUUAGAGCUUGUAUUAAGUGUCAUCUUUUUACUAAGAAUUUUCGAGAAAAGCAAGUUACAUCCUCUUUGAGAAGAAUGGAAGCAUAAUGCAACUGCAAGCUGGUAUUUAAGCCCUAAUCUAUCUUACCUUUUGGGCAACAGUGCCUUACCUCAAAAAAUCAUUUUUACACAUAUAAUUUGAUUUGUAUAUCCCUUUUCAGCAAAAUGUGUAGUGCUUUUAUUAGGAAAUCCUACCUUGCUUGCCUUUCCUUUAUCAGAAGGAAAUAAAAAGCAAACCUAAGGCAGCUAUGUUGUUCCAUUCCUAUAAUCUAAUUGUUGGGGGCAGGGAGGUAUUCUGUAUGGAUUUGUUGAAUAAAUAGCCUAGGGGAGGUAAGAGAUUUAUGAGUUCUUACAGUAUUUUUGCUCAGAGGAAGAACUAAAAGGUUUUAAGUACCUUUUUAAACAAGUGGUUUAACCUGAAGACUAACAACUUCUAAGUAUAUAGACUUGUGGUACAAUGGCUUUGUGUUACAGUGGCUGAUAAUUACUUCCAUACCUUUCUGUUAUUUUAGUCUGCCUUUUUUUUUUUUUUGAGAACAUUUUAAGAAAUUAAGGAAAUUAAAAUUUGGUGUGGAAGAAAAGUUGUUACUAUAUUCCUUAAUAUUUUCAAAUAGAAUUGCUAUCCUUUCAACUCAGAAACCCCAUAGCCAAUUUUAGCCCCUCUUCUCUCCUGGACAGAGAAGAACUCAAACUGUAUUAAUAAAAUUAUCACUAAGAGAA